AUGACGAAUUCCACCAUGGUGACUGAUUUUCUCCUCAUGGGUUUUGCGGAUGUGUUAGAGUUAAGGAUUCUCCAUGCCCUCUUAUUCUUACUUAUGUACUUGGCCACUUUGUUAGGAAACAUACUCAUCAUCACUGCCACAACGCUUGACCAAAAUCUUCACACACCAAUGUAUUUCUUUCUCAGGAACCUGUCUAUUUUAGAUAUGUGCUAUAUAUCUGUCACUGUUCCCAAUGCCUGUGUCAACUCUUUCACUAAUAACUGGGCAAUUUCAGUGGCUGGGUGUGCAAUGCAAAUCUUCUUUGUGCUUUUCUUUGCUUCUACAGAGCUGCUAUUCCUCACCAUUAUGGCCCAUGACCGCUACGUGGCCAUCUGCCAGCCUCUCCAUUACCCAGUGAUCAUGAAUUAUCCAUUCUGUGUCCAAAUGACACUGGCUUCCCUGCUCAGUGGUCUCAUUUAUGCAGGUGUGCAAACUGCAAAUACAUUCCGACUACCUUUCUGUCAAUCCAACUUAGUCCACCAGUUCUUCUGUGACAUACCCUCUCUGCUGAAGCUAUCUUGUUCUGACACUUUUAACAAUAAGCUCUUAAUUCUAGUAUUUGCUGUGGUGAUUGGUGGUGGCUGUUUUGUAUUCAUUGUCAUGACUUAUGUUCAUAUAUUUUCUACUGUGCUGAAAUUUACAACUAAAGAACAAAAAAAGGCCUUUUCUACUUGUGUCCCUCACAUUCUUGUGGUCUCUGUCUUUCUAGGGUCUGGUUCAUAUAUGUACCUAAGGCCUUCAGUUACUUCAGAAACUAUUAUGGAUAUGAUUCUUUCUGUAUUUUAUACCAUAGUUCCUCCAUUCUUUAACCCUAUCAUCUAUAGUCUUAGAAACAAACAAAUAAAGGAAACUAUAGGGAAAGUGAUUUCAGGAAUAUUUUAA